UAUAAUCAACUUGACGCCGCUGUCCUUUUCGAAAGUUAUCCGCUACAGUGACCGUGAACUAGCACGACUCUACAGCGCUCACUAUUGAUAUUGUUGCCGGUCAACCUUUCACUAGCCAGUGAGCAGCCGUGAUUGAGAAUUGUAAGCCUCAACUGGUCGUCGAUUGCCCUUGCCAGAGCCCCAUUGCCCUUGCAGAUAGCGCGUAACACCUUCUCCUAACGAUGGAUUCGACAUCCGGUGACGCCGGUAAGGAGGACGAUGAUGAGAGUUCGUCCUCUUCGUCCAGUGGAUCGGAAUCCGCAACUCCUAAGCGGUCCGAGCUGGACGAUUUUCGCGAACGAUGGCAUCAGGAGUUAAAAAAGGAGCAACACGUUGCUAAUUUGGAACCGUUACUCACUGCGACGUCGUUAAGCUCCGAUAAGAGUUCGAUUGAGCAGCAAGCACGGGCUCUAUUCCAGCAAGGUUCGGAGUUGGAGCGUAGUGGCAAAGUAUUCGAAGCCAUGCGGCUGUACCGGCGUGCUACCCAGCUCGUGCCGGACAUCGAGUUUAAGGUUUACGAAAAGAAGCAUCCUCUGCCCAAGGAGGAUACAACCGAAGCGAACGCAAGAAUCGUCGAAGGGUUGGUGGAGCGCAUGAUAGACGCGAACAUCGACGAAGACGAGGAGGAUCUGGAGAACGUGGAUCUAGGAUUGCGCUUCCAAGCGCUGAUGUCUCGUUCCGGCAAGCUGUUCGAACGAGCGAGUGGAGAUCGGAUGCUUAUCGUGACGGCAGCUCACUUUUCGGAUCUACCAAUGGAAGUUAUCCUGUACAUUCUGCGGUGGGUUGUGUCGAACGAUUUAGACAUGAAAUCGCUUGAGCGAUUCGCAUCCGUUUGUCGGGGGUUUUAUCUACUCGCGAGGGAUCCGGAAAUUUGGCGCCACGCUUGCGCCAGAGUGUGGGGCGUCAAUCUGGGAGCACUGAAGGGUACACCGUUUGGAUCGUGGCGGGAAAUGUACAUCAAUCGGCCCCGCAUAAUGUUCCACGGUUGCUACAUCAGCCGGGCCAGUUACCUACGCUCCGGGGAGAACAGCUUUCAGGAUCAGUUCUACCGUCCGGUGCAGCUGGUGGAAUAUUAUCGUUAUUUUCGGUUCUUCGCCGAUGGCAAGGUGCUUAUGUUGACGACGGCAGAGGAACCGCAACAGUGCGUUGUGAAACUGAAGCAACGAUGUCCAACACAGAGCGAGAUUCUGCGAGGACACUAUCGGCUGCACGAUGAUGUGGUGAUUGUCGCUAUUCAACGCAAUCGUCCAUCAGCAACAGCGCUUAUGCAGCGACCAGGUCGGAAAGUGCGCGAGGUUGAACCAGAGUAUGGCCAGCAAACGUUCUACAUAGAGCUGCAGAUCGUGAGCACAGCAAAACGACCGUUCAGCCAGCUCCACUGGAAGCAGUACACGAUGGUGCAGUUGCGAAACCAGCAGGAAAAGACGACACAUUUCGAUAUGAACACCACCAAGUAUCCACCGUUGUACUUUUCGCGCGUCAAAAGCUACCACCAAGAAUCGGAAGGACCACUUAAGUAGCAAUGAGGGAGAAUGAUGGCUCGGGAUGAUGAUUUUCCGCUAAAGCGAACCCUUGAGUGCGAGCAAAUCCGGUAGCCUACCGUUUGCCAAUGUUAGCGAAGGCACAUAAAAAUGAUAGUAGUUUAUUUUUUUAAAAUUUUUUCACCUCUACUUAUGGAAACGAUAAGAAAAAAAUCGUUUGGUCUUUUAACCGGUCUAUAGAUAGUUGGGUUUCGAUUAGUGCGUCGAAGUAAAACGAAAGCGAAGGAAAAAUGAAGUGGAGAUAAUGGCCUGUGAAAGCACACUAAACUAAUCAAUAAAUCAGUGUUACACAAAAUGCUA